AUCAAGAACGAAGCACGCGCUAGCUGAAGUUCAUAUUCCAUGCUUUCUUGUUUAUGUGCGGUAACAGUGCAGGGAGUUUCAUGGAGGCUGUGCUGAGACAACUGACGAACAUCCUGGAGUUACUGACCGUGUCUCAGACGGACCGCGUGCGUGAAUGGGACCAGCACACCUUACAGCGGGCGUUUCAGUGGGCCGAGUACUGCGAGCAGCUCCACUCCCGCUUCCAGUCCAACCCCACGGUCCGGUCCGCACUGGAGGCCGGCCUGCAGGACACCAACCAGCGGCUGCAGGACGCGCUCCCGGCGCACUCUCCAGUCAUGUUCUCGGACCUGGCUCAGUGUCAACACAAGCUGCUCGUUAAUCUACUCACAAACCCUUACUCACCGAACUCUGUGGCUCAAAUGCUUUUCCCAAAUCCCAAAACUGCAGCACAGGAAUUCCAGUUUGAUCAAAGCAGCUUCAUUACACGCAAAUCUGCGUUUAAUCUGCUCUGCCGCUCGUGUGACCGGACUAGUCAUCCUGGUUUACAGGUUGAGGCAGAAGUGAGAGGCAAACUGCUCCGGGAACUCCUGAACUCUCUGCUAACUCGUUCCGGCAAUGACGAGUAUGCGAGAACAGUGCUGGAUUCCAUCCUUCGUGACAGCGCGGGAAAAACGGAAAGCCUGUAUGACGUAAUAGCAGCUGCGCUCCUCUCCAGUAAUGACGACACGAACGCCGUCACUCAGCACUUUAUCCUCGCCUGGAUUCAACAUCGCGAUGGGUGUUGCAGUAAACUGUGCAGAUCGCUGUCUCCCGGACUUUGUACUGUCCUCUCCCGACAGUCUCCGGAGUUUAAACAGGCAUAUUGGGGUGUUUUGAAACAGUGGGCGUCCUGCUUGCAGUAUGACGUCUUGGAGAGUGUUUGGGUGCCGACGUCAGAUGGGCCAGUGACGUUUAAUGCUAUGGCUGAUCGAUUAAAAGAUUUAUUAAAUUCAGGAGCACCUUUAAAAGAGGACACUGAGACUGAGCUUAACGCGCUCAAACUGGAAGAUGGAGACUUUAAUGUGAAGGGCAUCAGUGUAUGGACUGAUCUAAUCAUUCAACUGAAGAUUGGAAGUUAAUUCAAUAAUAUUAUUAGCUGGGCUAUUUAACAUUUGAUGAUAGUUAAACUAAUGGUAAUGUGUUCUAUUUUAGGUUAGAACUGUGUGCAUUUUCCCCAUACGUAUUAUAAUUAUUAAUAGCCUAUAUUUGGCAUGGUUUUAUAUUUUGACUUUUUAUUUUCUUUAUUA